AUGGCGGAGGGUCGUGGCUUUCCUGGCAUGUUGGGUAGCAUUGACUGCAUGCAUUGGCAAUGGAAAAAUUGUCCAAAGGUGUGGAAAGGUAUGUACAUGAGUGGUUAUCGUGGGGUUGCAACCAUAGUACCUGAUAUUAUAGUAUCUUCAGACUUUUGGAUAUGGCAUGCGUUCUUUGGAGUUUCUGGUUCAAAUAACGAUAUCAACGUGUUAGAUCGUUCUCCAGUGUUCGAUGAUAUUCUAAAUGACCGUGCUCCGAAGGUAAAUUAUACUAUUAAUGGUAAUAAUUAUACUAUGGGAUACUAUUUAGCAGAUGGUAUUUAUCCUGAAUGGGCCACAUUUGUCAAAUCAAUCUCAAAGCCAGUUAGUUCCUCCUAA